AUGGAUGAAGUCGUGCCAGGUGUUUGGAUUGGAGAUUUGAAGAGCGCUUCGGAUGUCAAGGGAUUGAAGGAGAGAAAUAUCUUCAGCAUUGUAACAGCAAUGCGAGGCAAAGUUACCAUUCAUGCGACCUUUAACAAAUACCAAAUCAACGUUGAUGAUAGUGCAAAUGAAGAUGUCCUCGUGCACUUUCUUCCAUCGAUAUCAUUUAUCCAGAACGAGCUGGACAAGGGUCGUGGUGUACUCGUGCACUGUGGGGCUGGAAUCAGCAGAAGCGCGACGAUUGUCGCAGCGUACCUUAUGUACUCACUCCAGCUCGACCCAGCGAGCGCUGUAGACAUGAUAAGGAAAGUGAGGCCCAUCGUCGAGCCAAAUGAAGGGUUUAUGGAACAGCUUAUGGUGUUUUACCGAGCAUCAUAUAAGUUCACGCGUCAAGAUAAGGCCACUCGCAUGUUCUAUCUGGAACGGACGAUGGAAGAUAUUCUGAAUGGAGAUGGCACGAUGCCAGAGACCGCAAUGUUCGCCAAGCAUCCCCGUACGCCAUCUGAUUCCGCAUCCAACACACCAAUGAUCGCACCAAGCCGCCGCAUACGAUGCAAGAUGUGCAGGCAAGAGCUAGCGACGCGUGAGCACAUGCUCGAUCACGGGCAACUAGGCCCACCGACGCCUGCUCUGCCCUCGCUAUCGCCUGCCACAUCAAGACGCCCGUCUGCGAACGACCGCGCCACACCCUCACGACGACCGUCCGCGAGCUUCGGCGGUCGGGGGCUGAUGGAAUCGCUCUCAAUGUCAUCGAUUUCAAUGUCAGCACUCUCAAUGUCAGCGCUCGAGACGGAGGAUGACUCCGAGUCUGACCAAGUCGAGAACGGGCACGUGGGUGACCCGUCUCCCUCUGGAGUUGACGUAAAGCCUCCCCGGCGAUCCUCGAUGUCAAUGGAAGGCCUCGGGAAGGACCUAUCAGAUGCACUCGAUGCAACUGUCGCCAUAGAUGAAGACCCGCCAACAGGGACGGCUGCACAAUCCGAGACGGUGCGUGUGCUGUCGCUUGUACAGGAGACCAGGGACGCAUUGAAGAAUAGCGGACCGCCUCCUCAACCGAGCACGCAGUAUGCGAGCCCAUUGGACCUGGCGGCUGAGCUGCAUUCUCAUCCGAAACUUGCAGCGCUGCGCACGCCUCCAUCGUUGAGUAUGACGGGCAUCAACGGGUCCAGAUCGGUGGUCAGUCCACCGAUCCUCAUGAACCCCAAGUGUUCUGGCUAUUUUGUCGAACCAAUGAAAUGGAUGGAACCGUUUCUGGAGGAUGGCCAAUUAGCAGGGAAGAUUAUUUGCCCGAAAUGCGGUGCCAAGCUCGGUAACUAUGACUGGGCUGGCGCAUGUUGCAGCUGCAACAGAGAAUGGGUGACGCCAGGCUUUUGCAUACACCGAUCCAAAGUUGACGAAGUAGUGGCGGGUUGA